GGGCCGAACUCGAGCGCCUCUAGUCCUCGAUCCUCAAGCUCAAUGUAAAUAUAAAUUCGCCUUCUGUUGGCUUCAUCAAUUUGCACUUCACGUGCUUUCCAUCUGUUUAACCUUACUUUGAAAGUACCUCAUCUAUUUGCUAAUUGAAAUUCAUCUGAACCUGACAAAAAAAUAAUGGCAACUCGUUGGGGAAUCGUUUCCGCCGGUCGAAUCUGCAAUGACUUUGUGACCUCCCUGUCGGUGCUGUCGCAGGACGAGCACCAGGUCAAGGCGAUUGCUGCCAGGGACGUGGCCAGGGCGCAAGAGUUUGCCAAGUUGCAUAACAUCCCCAAGGCCUACGGCAGCUAUGAAGAGCUUGCAAACGAUAAAGAUUUAGACGUCAUUUAUAUUGGAAACGUCAACUGUGAUCACUUUUCGGUGGGCAUGCUGAUGAUCAACAACAAUAAGCAUGUUUUGAUUGAAAAGCCACUGACCGUCAAUAAACGCCAGUCCACCGAACUAAUCAACGCUGCGAAAGCCAAGAAGGUCUUCCUGAUGGAGGCCGUCUGGUCUCGUUUCACCCCUGCCUACAACAAAAUCAGGGAGGACAUUGCGAAUAACGUCAUUGGAGAGCCGAUCAACCUCAACGUCACCUUUGGAGUUCCCAUCAUGGGCAAGGAACGCCUAAAGUUGCGUGACCUUGGCGGUGGUUGCAUCCUGGACAUUGGCAUCUACUGCCUCCAGUUGUGCACCAUGAUCUACGGAGUCGGCGCCCCCAUCAAAGUUGCUGCGACCGGAACUGUGAGCGUCAACGAGGGUGUGGACGAGAGCUGCGGCGUCGUUUUGCUCUACGAGGGAGGAAAAAUGGCCACCCUCACCAUCAAUGGAAAAGUUUUGCUGCAGAACGAUGCCUACAUCACUGGAGAAAAGGGCACCAUCAAGGUGUGCAACCCUUUCUGGACUCCGACCAGAGUGGAGUCACCGUCGGGAGUGCUCGAGGUUGAGCUGCCCAACGCAGCCAACAAGUUCAACUUCACCAACAGUGUGCAGCUGCGCCACCAGGCCCAAGAAGUGAGGCGCUGCAUUUUGGCUGGGGAGCUCGAGAGCAAAACAAUGAGUCACGAGGACUCACUGGCCAUAGCUUCCCUCGAGGACCAGCUGCGCCGUAUUUUGGGCGUCCAGUACGCUGCCGAUUCUUAGAUGAGCCACAAGAUCAACAUUUUCAAACAGUUCCAAUUCACGCAACUAGUACAAAAAGUGAUUUCAAAGCUGCCAUUCAUGAUUGAAUCAUGAAUUGUUAUUUUUUUGAUGUUAUCUAAUAGCAUCUCUGUUUUAACACAAAUAUAUUAUAUAUGAAUAAAACUCAGUUGAUUUCCGUCUUAAAAUUAUUAAA